AUGUCUUCAUCGGCAGCCAUGAACAAAUACUGGAUACCCCACCUGGACAUUCACAAGAAGGUCAUCACCCAGGAGCUGCAAUACUACCUCGGACCGGAAGCGACAGUGAGGUCGUUCACUCGUGAGGGCGAGGAUGGAUUCUUGAUCACGACACCAGGGCCUUGUCUGACAGAUGAGCAAAUAGACGACAUCUGUGUCAAGUCCAAGGAGAUGUGGGAGAAGCGGGCCGCAGCGAGGGCAUCAUCCGGCACCUCCAACAAGGUCCUCAAGCGGCCACUACACCAGCCCGUCGUCAUGUCGACGACCGGCACGGGUGACUCGACAAGACGGAGGAGAGACAGCCGAAGGAGGAACGAGUCUAGGAGUCAACGCGAAGAGCGGCGCAGAACCUGA